GGCUGCGGGCCCAGGCGGCGCUCCCCGCACGGUACUUCUACGUGCAGGCCGUGGACGCCGAGGGGCAGAGGUGAAGAUCACUGCUCCUGAUGAACAGUUCACUCGGGUUGGUGUGCAAGUGUUAGACAGGAAAGAUGGUUCCUUCCUCGUGAGAUACAGGAUGUACGCAAGCUACCAAAACCUGAAGAUAGAAGUCAAAACUGGAGAUAAACAUGUUGCACAGUCUCCAUAUGUUUUAAAAGGACCUGUUUACCAUGAAAACUGUGACUGCCCUCAGGAGGACAGCAGUGCGUGGCUGGAAGAGAUGAACUGCCCUCAAACCAUGCCACAGAUUCAAAGAGACCUAGCAAAUUUUCCCACUGUUGAUCCAGAUAAGAUUGCAAAAGAAAUUCCACAGAGGUUUGGACAAAGACAGAGUUUGUGUCACUACACCAUCAGAGAUAACAAGGUUUAUAUAAAGACAUAUGGGGAACAUGUUGGCUUCAGAAUUUUCAUGGAUGCCAUACUGCUUUCUUUGACAAGAAAAGUGAAAAUGCCAGAUGUAGAAUUUUUUGUUAAUUUGGGGGACUGGCCUCUGGAGAAAAAGAAGUCCCCACAGAACCUGCACCCCAUCUUCUCGUGGUGUGGGUCCAAUGAGUCAAAAGAUAUCGUUAUGCCAACAUAUGACUUAACAGACUCAGUUUUGGAGAGUAUGGGACGAGUCAGUCUGGAUAUGAUGUCAGUUCAAGCAAACACUGGCCCAUCGUGGGAAGACAAGAACACCACAGCAUUCUGGAGAGGACGUGACAGCCGCAAAGAGAGGCUUGAGCUUGUAAAACUCAGCAGAAAAUAUCCAGAGAUCAUAGAUGCUGCUUUCACAAACUUUUUUUUCUUUAAACAUGAUGAAAGCCUCUAUGGCCCUAUUGUUAAGCACAUUUCAUUUUUUGAUUUUUUUAAGUAUAAAUAUCAAAUUAAUAUUGAUGGCACAGUGGCAGCAUACAGAUUGCCUUAUCUACUAGCAGGAAACAGUGUGGUGCUAAAGCAAGACUCCAUAUACUAUGAGCAUUUUUAUAAUGAGCUGCAGCCGUGGAAACAUUAUAUUCCAUUUAAAAGUGACCUGAGCGAUCUACUAGAAAAACUACAGUGGGCAAAAGAGCAUGAUGAAGAGGCAAAAAAUAUUGCAAAAUCUGGACAAGAAUUUGCAAGAAACCAUCUCAUGGGAGACCACAUUUUUUGUUACUACUUCAAACUUUUCCAGGAAUAUGCCAGCUUGCAAGUGAGCGAGCCAAAAAUCAGAGAUGGAAUGGAGAAGGUGCCACAGCCUGAUGAUGACCUUUUCCCAUGUACUUGCCACCGAAAAAAGGCCAAAGAUGAACUCUGACAGAAAGGAAUUAAUUAAUUUUUUCAGUAUUUGCCUACAUUCAGACUGUC